CUCCCACACCGGUAGCUAUCCAUUGAUUUGACAAGCGCUCCGAAGUUCCGAACCACUGUUUUGAACCAAAAGAUUCCUUCAGGUUUCAAAGCUUCAUGAAGCAGUGUUGCGAAAGCGCCAACCACUAGCACGUGUCCAGUCUUAUAUUUCUGGCUCCCGUGGUCACUCAUUGAUUCAAUGAACGGUACAAUGGCUGCAUCGGUCAACAGGAUCACGCUAGGCCCCCUCGUAGCUGCUAUCGACCAAGGCACGAGUUCCACAAGGUUUCUGGUUUUUAAUGCAAAAACAGCGGAGCUUCUCAGCCAUCACCAGGUUGAGAUUAAACAGAGCUUUCCUAGAGAGGGGUGGGUGGAGGAGGAUCCAAAAGAGAUUCUUCAGUCUGUGUAUGAGUGUAUGGACAGGACCUGUGAGAAGCUGUCCCAGCUCAACAUUGAUAUCUCAAACAUAAAAGCCAUUGGGGUGACAAAUCAGAGGGAAACCACCCUUGUUUGGGACAAGGAAACAGGGGAGCCACUUUACAAUGCUAUACUCUGGCUUGAUCUCCGGACCCAGUCAACAGUAGAAAGACUCAUCGACAAAACUCCAGGCAGGAACAAAAACCACCUUAAGCACAAGACUGGUCUCCCCAUCAGCACAUACUUCAGCGCAGUGAAGUUACGAUGGUUGAUGGAUAAUGUGGAAAAGGUCCAUGAAGCUGUGCUCUCCCACAGGGCAAUGUUUGGAACGGUUGACUCAUGGCUUAUCUGGUGCCUGACAGGUGGGAAGAAGGGAGGUGUUCACUGCACAGAUGUGACCAAUGCCAGCAGGACCAUGCUCUUCAAUAUUCACACAUUAGAUUGGGAUCCUGAGCUCUGCAAGUAUUUUGAUAUACCAAUGGAAAUUCUGCCCAAAGUGAGAAGCUCUUCAGAAAUUUAUGGAUUGAUGAAAAUCAGCUCUAGUCUGAAAUCUGGGCCUUUAAGUGGUGUCCCCAUAUCAGGGUGUCUUGGUGACCAGUCUGCUGCACUGGUUGGACAGAUGUGCUUCAAUGAUGGACAAGCCAAAAAUACUUAUGGGACUGGAUGUUUCCUACUGAAGAAUGUAGGAACAAAGCCUGUAAUGUCGGACCAUGGACUUUUGACAACCAUCGCAUAUAAACUAGGGCGUGACAAGCCAGCCUGCUAUGCACUAGAGGGCUCUGUUGCCAUUGCAGGGGCAGUUGUGCGCUGGCUAAAGGAUAACCUUGGAAUUAUCCAGACCUCUGCAGAACUAGAAAAAUUGGCUGCUGAUGUUGGCACAUCAUAUGGCUGUUAUUUUGUCCCUGCGUUCUCUGGACUAUAUGCACCGUACUGGGAACCAAGUGCCAGAGGAAUCAUCUGUGGUCUAACACAGUUCACCAAUAGGAGUCAUUUGGCUUUUGCAGCACUUGAAGCUGUCUGCUUCCAGACUCGAGAGAUUCUGGAUGCAAUGAACCAGGACAGUGGUAUUGACCUGUCUCAGCUCCAGGUUGAUGGAGGGAUGACAUCCAACCGUUUACUGAUGCAGCUACAGGCCGACAUACUGUGUAUCCCAGUUGUAAAGCCGUCCAUGCCUGAAACCACAGCUCUGGGGGCUGCCAUGGCGGCAGGAGCAGCUGAAGGGGUUAAUGUGUGGAGCCUGAACCCAGAAGAUCUCACAGAGGUCACUUCAGAAAAAUUUGAACCCCAGAUCAACCCAGAGGAGAGUGAACUGCGAUAUGCUCGCUGGAAAAAAGCUGUUCAGAGGGCUAUGAACUGGGAGACCACAGAGCCAGUCUGCAAUGGAAAUGAGGAGACUAGUAUCUUCAGUAGUGUACCCUUGGGCUUUUACAUUCUGGGUAGCAUGUUUAUGUUAAUUGGAGCAAAGUACAUUGCAGGGCAGAAGUAGACUUGAACCCUUGGGAGAUGAAGUCAGAAGAACAAAAGAGGGUCCAUGGCUUACCCCUUCAAACUCGAGAUGUGCCGUGACUUUGGGAGACUUCGUCUGGGUUGAAAUGCAUUCCAGCUGAAACAGAGGUUGUUAAUGUUUCCCGCAGGCAUGGUGUCUUUUCUGGCUUUUUAGCAGGAUGUUUUAUUGACCAUAUUUGAUAUAAGGACGAUGAGCAUGAGUCACCUGUACAGCAUUACUGUAGUAUCCCCACACUUCUUACCAGAAGGAACUUUACACUUUAAAAUGUAAAGUUUUUUCUAGUAUAUUGUCUGUACAGUUUCUAAUUCUAAUGGAAUUGUCGUUGAUAAAUUAAUUUGCACAACUGAGAGCUGCUUACUUAGUCAAAUUUUAUUUUUUUCAGUAAUGGUAACAGUCAUAAUAGUACUAUUUAGUGCACUUUAAAUAGGUCGGUUUCCAAGUCUAAAAUGUAUGUUUGUAAAAUAUCGUAAGUAAAAACGGCUUGCACUGACAUAUCUUAAAGGAGUAGUCCACAUUAAAGAUGGGGCACAUUGACUUACCAUAGUAUUUUUUUUAUAUUUUUUUCCCCUACAAUGACAAGUCAAUGGACCCCAUCUUUAUAGUGGACUACUCCUUUAAAUAAUAUCUGUGCCAUAUUUUUUUAUCAAGACGUACACCAUUAACGUUUUUGUAAAGUAUAUCUGUAAAAAUUCGAAUAUAACCAAGGCCUAGUCCUGGUUUAAUAUAAACCCUGUCUGGGUAUGGGACAGUACAAUCUUAUGUAAAUAGUGUAAUGUCGUUUCUCUUUAAUAAUUUAAUUUACAUUUAUUUGUGGGAAAGGUUUGUCAUUUUAUUCGCAAAAAUACUGUGAAUAGAAAUCAAAGUCAAGUUAACUAGUCCAAAACACUGUGGCCCCGCUAAAUAGAUGUUGCACUACUGCUUAGUUUAGCCGUUUUUUUACUUCUAUGAGAGAGACCAUUAAAAAUUAUGCCACAUAAGCAGUGAGUCCAUGAAGAAAGAAUUACAAACAGGGUUUGUGUCAUCUUAUUUGGAGAAACAUACUGUUUUGGUUUUAACUGUAAAGCAUUUUGUCUUAUGUUUGGUCAUGGCACUGAAAUUGCGCAUGUUAUUUACACUACUGUGCCGCUCAAGGAAGCUGUGAUGAAGGAUGUUAAAAAAUAUUAAAAAAAAUUAAAAGUUCCCCGAUUUUCUCUUUCUCCGACUUAAUUUUGUAUAAUCAAAUCUCAUACGAUCCAUAACCAGGAAGAAUUUAUUAGGGGGAAAUGAUGAAUUGUACAUGUGUUUAUUUGACAAACUUCUAAUAAUGCAAUUGCCAAUUUAAUUGUUUUGUGAGCAUUUUUAUAAUGUACUCUGAAAGGUACUUCCUUGAUUUGCAUUUGAUUUGUAUUUAUGAAUAUUUGAAAUGCACCAUAACAAAAAUGUUGUUUUACAAAAACGUACACAGUAUUAAACUUCAUUUGUUUUCCGCA